UCUGCAUGAAGUGUCAGAGGUAACAUGAAGGAAGGAGGUGAAGGAGGCUGAAGGAGGUGAAGGAGGUGAAGGAGGUGAAGGAGGUGAAGGAGGAGGUCCAUGUUGAGGCGGCCGCUCAGUUCUGCAUUACAUGUUGCAACAUAGAGAGGAGGCAGGAAACAGAAGUGACACAUUCAACGUCUGACUGACAGCACAGACACAGAGACACAGACAGACAGGAGGAGACACAGACAGGAGGAGACACAGACAGGAGGAGACACAGACAGGAGGAGGGGAACCUCAGAGCAACUGGAUGAAGGCCAACAAGGAGUAAACGAGGAGAAGAAGAAACUGAAGGAGGUGAAAGGAGAAGAGAGGGGGAGAAAGAGUGACACGACAAGGGAGGUGGUGAGGAGUAAAGCCAAACAAAAAGGAGGAACAGGAGGAGGAGGAGGUGAAGGAAGAAGACGAGGAGGUGAAAAAGAGGAGAGACUUUAAAGAAAGGAGGAAGCACAAAGUGAGAGGAGAGAGGAGAGGAGAGGAGAGGAGAGGAGAGAGGAGGAGAGAGGAGGAGAGAGGAGGACCUGCAGUGUGGUCAUGGAGGAGGACAUCAGGAAGCAGGGGAUGCUGUACCUGCAGCAGCAGAGGUUUGGAAAGAAGUGGAAGCGUGUGUGGUGCGUCCUGUACAGAGAAAGUUCCUGUUCGAUUUCCAGGCUGGAGUUCUUCGAGUGUAAAGACGUCGGCAGUGUGGAGAAGCUCGACAAGAAUCUACGCAAACAGCAAGAACACAAGAAGGUGAUCCGUAUGGCGGACUGUAUCCGGGUGUCGGAGAUGGAGACUGACGGCUGUCCCAAAGACACGGGACCCUUCGUGAUCGAGACCACGGAGAAGAUCUACGUGUUCGCCGUGGACAGGAAGCAGCUGGACGACUGGACACACAAACUGUGUGAGAUCGCCUUCCCUAUGAGCUGGAUGGAGCCCUGUGUGAAGCGUGGCAGCCUGCAGAGAGGAAACAGGGUGGAAGAAGAUGAAGGAAUGGAGGACAACUCUCUGUACAGCAGCAGCAGACAGACAGUGCGUGACUUCAGAGUGUGUGUUCGGAGGACAGAGGCGUCGGAUCGCUGCAGACUCAAAGGAGACGGCGUCCUGCGAGCCGAUGUGGAUGCUCUUCAUCUGAUCGAUAAGACCGGAGACAUCGUGCUCACCUGGCCGUACAGAUACCUGCGCCGCUUCGGACGAGACAAGACCUCCUUCUCCUUCGAGGCGGGGCGGCGCUGUGAUUCUGGGGAGGGGAGUUUUGAGUUCGACACCAAACAAGGGAACUUCCUGUUUCAGGCGGUGGAGGCCGCCAUCAACCUGCAGCGGGUCCCCGCCCCCCACAGGCAGACGUCAGGAGGAGGUCAGCCCGGUCCAGACACGCCUCACGACCAGAACCAGAACAGGAUGCCACCACUGCCUCAGCCACGCAUAAAUAUCCCACAAUCCACUGCUGCUCAGGGCGCUGACGGUGUGUACAGUAUGGUGACUGAGAGUCCAAACAUCAAAGAGAGCUCGACCACCGCACAGCAGCAGCAGCAGCGCCCCCUGCUGACUCGUCUGGAGCCUCCGGUGGACAAAGCUCUGACCGGCGUGAAGAGUCUGACUCUGGACACUCGCGGCGUCCCUGUCCCUCGAAAGAACCAGGUGAAGAUGAUCUCCAGCUGCCCGCUGCCUCAACCUGCCCCCGACCCCGGACCCAACCCUGCGCCCAACCAGAACCCAAAUCAGACGUACUCCCAGAUCACCAUGCAGCCCUCAAAGCGAAGCACCAAGAGGGAGAAGAGGAGUGGCGGUGGCGGCGGUGGUGGCGGUGGCGGCAGCGUGGCUCCACCCCCUCUCGUCGCCCAUGAGCCGGAGUACUCGCUCCCCUUUGACACCAUCGCCAUGAACGUCAUGACCAACAUCUCCCAUCAGGUCCACCGAGCCGAGCCCGGCACCGACCCGCUCUACGACAGCAUCGACGAGAUGAAGAUCAGGAACAUCUUCCCGAGCGACGCUCACGCCGCAGAGCCCACCUACAGGAAGGUGGAGCACAUCUACGACGAACCUGAAGGCUGCGCCGCCGCCGCCACUGCCAUCGACGCCACAGAGAAACCUCCCACCUCCGUGUACGACGACCCUGAGGAGGUGAGAGGAGACGCCUGGAGGAUCAUGGGUACAGCUGCUGACCCUAAAGGUCACGAGUACCCGUACAACCCUCGAGCGGACGACUACGCCGUGCCCAAACGACCACAGAGGGUUGCAGCAGACGGAGGAUUCACCGCGCAGCAAUGUGACGGUGAAGGUGAUGUAGACGAGAUGAUGUCAUCGUUUGACGGACAGUGAUGUCAUUAUUCAGCUCUUUGUUUUCCCGCUAAUCAGUUAUUGUCACUUUCAUCGAUUCUGUUUGACUGCCGCCAUGUUUGCUCGGUUUGUCUUUGAACGCACCACGCUGUCAUCAUCGUUUGUUCAAACUAAACGAAACAUCCUAAUAAUCAAUAUUAAACGUUUAUCCAGUGUUUUUAUCAAAUAAAACAUAAAUAAUGAUUUAA